ACCAAGCUGAGGUGCCUGACGUUCCGACCGUCUCCUAUCAAGUCACGCCGAUAUCGAGAACGGCACAGCGAUUUCACAGACCUCGCCAGACGUCGUAGACAGAGAUAAUACUCGGCGUGAAGCUGCCCGCCAUCAGUUCAGCGGGGGCAUGGAAAACUGCCGCGGCGAAGCCCGCGAUCGCGGCGGCGACGACAUGGUGCUGACACUGGCGGACGCCGAGCGCCUCGGCACGGCAUGCAUGAGCAGCAUGGCCCGCGGUUACUACCAGAGCGGAGCAGACGAGCAGCAGACCCUCGGCGAGAACACCCGGGCCUACCGCAGGCUUCGACUGCUUCCUCGGAUGCUGCGAGACGUGAGCCGUCGGGAGCUGAGCGUUACGCUGCUGGGCGGCCGUGAACGGCUCUCUUUCCCUGUGGGAAUCGCACCCAGCGCCAUGCAAAAGAUGGCGCACCCGGAUGGAGAGGCAGCCACUGCUAGAGCUGCUCGCGACGCUGGCACGCUCAUGAUUGUCAGCACCAUUGCGACCACGUCGCUGGAGGAGGUGCGCGACGCGGCGCCGGAUGGCCGCCGGUGGUUCCAGCUGUACGUGUACCGGGACCGCGGUGUCACGUGCUCCCUCGUGCGACGCGCCGAGGAGGCCGGCUACUCUGCCCUGGUGCUCACCGUGGACACGCCUUACUUCGGCCAGCGGCUGGCUGAUGUGAGAAACAAGCUCGCCCUGCCACCCGCACUCAAGAUGGCCAACUUCAACGAAGCGGACUUCCAGAACGUGGUAUCAGCACCGGAUGGUGGUUCCGGCCUGUCGACGUACGCGUCUGCGCUUUUUGACCCUUCUCUGACGUGGACUGACGUGGAUUGGUUACGAAGUAUCACCCACUUGCCCAUCAUUAUCAAAGGCAUCCUCAGAGGUGACGACGCCAUCGAAGCUGUGAAUCACGGCGCAGCCGCCAUAUUGGUGUCCAAUCACGGUGCCCGGCAGAUAGACGGAGAACCAUCGACGAUUGAGUGCCUGCCGGAAGUGGUGCGUUCGGUGGCGGGUCGAUGUGAGGUGUACCUGGAUGGCGGCGUGCGCUGUGGCACCGACGUGGCCAAAGCGCUGUGCCUGGGUGCCCGGGCCGUGUUCAUCGGCAGGCCUGUUCUUUGGGGUCUUGCCUACAAGGGCAAAGAAGGCGUGGACCAGGUACUGGCCAUUCUGCGGUCGGAGCUGGACCGUGCCAUGGGACUUCUGGGUUGCCGCACCACAUCCGAUCUGACGCCAGACCUCGUGGUUCGCGAAGAACGCUACGCCAAGCUCUAACUUGGUUUUUUUUUUCCUCAUACAUACUUGAAUAUAAAAGCGAACGUCAAAUUUCAUAAAGCCGAAA